AUGAGGCCCAUUCUUUUGUCAGGCCACGAACGUGCCCUGACCCAGGUCAAGUACAACCGCGAGGGCGAUCUUCUCUUCUCUACCGCCAAGGAUCAACACAUCUGCGCCUGGUUUGCGCACAACGGCGAGCGUCUCGGCACAUAUCAGGGCCACCAAGGUGCCAUCUGGACCGUUGACGUCGACCCAACCUCCACCAUCAUCGCCUCCGGCUCCGCCGACAACACCAUCCGCCUCUGGGAGGUCAAGACCGGCAAGCUCCUCAAGACAUGGGACUUCCCCACCGCCGUCAAGCGCGUUGAGUUCAACGAGGAUGGCACCAAGCUCCUCGGCGUGACGGAGAAGCGCAUGGGUCACCUCGGCACCAUCGUCGUGCUCGACAUCAAGGUCGACCCCGAUGCCGAGCAGUCGGACGAGAAGGUCCUGACCAUCGUCUGCGAGGAGAGCAAGGCCACCGUUGCCGGGUGGAGCUACCUCAGCAAGUACAUCAUCGCCGGCCACGAGGACGGCAGCGUCUCCCAGUACGACGGCAAGACGGGCGACCUCAUCUAUAAUGUCAACGUCCACGAGCUCGGCUCCCCCAUCACCGAUCUCCAGUGGAACCAGGACCGCACAUACUUCAUCACCGCCUCAAAAGACAAGAGUGCCAAGCUCAUCACAGCCAAGGAGCUCGAAGUCCUCAAGACGUACGUCGCCGACACACCCCUCAACAGCGCCGCCAUCACCCCCAAGAAGGAGUACGUCAUCCUCGGCGGUGGUCAGGCCGCCAUGGAUGUCACAACCACCUCGGCGAGACAGGGCAAAUUCGAGGCCCGCUUCUACCACAAGAUCUUUGAGGAGGAGAUUGGCCGUGUCCGUGGCCACUUCGGCCCUCUCAACACAGUCGCCGCCGACCCCACGGGCAAGGGUUACGCCUCUGGUGGUGAGGACGGUUACGUCCGCGUGCACCAGUUCGACAAGGGGUACUUUGACUUCAACUACGAGGUGGAGAGGGAGAGGCUAAACAGGUUAGCUGCCCAGGGUGGCAAAUAA